CGACUAAAACUGCUGGUGGUGCUGCCUCGAUGGACAUUCUGUAGUAUCUUGCUAUUGCAAUACUUAUGAUACUGCUAGUUUCACAUAUUUUGUUGACACAAAAAAGAUGGAGGUCCUCUGCCAUUGUGGCCGUACGCACAGAUUUAUUGCUCGCGGCGCAUUUCGAAACGUCACUCGUGUGUUGCGUCGAUAAAACCCGAUGCUAUGGCAAAUCCCCCCCCUUCCCCCGACCUUCUACGAAAGAUUGCCAAAGGUUUUUGCCCACCUUGCUUUCUCUCGUUUGAGAUGCCGAAUUACGUGAUCCGGAUCGCGGGUCUCCUCGUGCCAUUCUUCGAUUCGUCGAUAGCCCCCCGCCGGCUUGUUGGUGGGCGUGGCCGAGGGAUCCGUUUCCGUUUCGGUGUCUUCCGUUCCGGUCGAUGCCGGUGCAGCGCUCGGGGUCCCGUCCCCGGCGGGCCCGCCCGCUUCUUCCCCGGCUCGGGGUCCGCCAGAGAGCGGCCGCCCCCGGCGGUUCCGCCCUUUCGCUCCGAGCCCCUCGGGGUGGCUCGGCGGGACCGCCGGUGGGCUCACAAGGGCGAAGGAAUCGACCAGGAAACGGCGAUUCGCGCCCCGACCGGCACGGGGGGGCCCGAAGGGUCCCCGAUCCGGGGAGGCCAGCAGGAGGAGCGGGAGCCAACGCCGCAAGCGGCCGGGACGGCGUCCGGUGCCGACCAUUCUUCCCUCGUUGCGCAACCCGAUCGAUGCCCGUCGGUUCCCUUUUUGCGUGCGUGCGUGUGUGUCUUUCGUGCGAGCCAAGGUUCCUCCGGUGGAUCCGCAACCGAUGGAUCCGAUCGCCCGCAGUGUUUCGUUUCGUUUUAAGGCUGGUUGGUGUGGUGGUCGUGGUGGGGCGUCUCUGUCUGUCUAGUCCGAUUGCGGGUACGAGUACGUACGACAAGGAUGGGGCAGUGGUGUCAGGGGCGUGACAAGGUCGAUUCGAUAGAAAACACGGAUCCAGAGUUAUUUUUCUGGAUUCCCCAUUUCGAGAUUUGAAAUUUGACUCCUAAUACGGUACCAGAUAGACCUACGUUCCGUAGGAUAGUCUUCUUUACAGUACUGUACUAUACUACGGGGUCAUUGUAAUCAUUUUUUUGUUAGACCCUGAUUCCAGUAUCUUACUCGUGCGAGCUCUCAUACUUCGACGGUCCGAACUCGCAUGCUCGAUACCGGCACGCACCGGACACGCGCAGGGAGACAACCAUUCGUUCUACUAUGCCUCAGUUCUCGAAUCCAAUUAGUUCACCAGUCAAAAAUCCAAGAAAUAAUAUUUAACGUUUAUAUAACGGCUGAAUGAUUUGAUGAAAGGGUAACCAUGGGUCGUCGCGCCCAUCCGUGUCGACAUGACAGCUGCUCCACCGGGCAGAAGCAGAAUUGUUCUCUGCGUGUUUUCGAUCUUUCAUCUGCUGGUUGGUUCAGUUUUGGAGUUUUGAUUGGGAAUUCGAAUGAAUUCUCUGAAAUGAGAAUCUGGAUGCAAUCCUGGAUCGGGAACUUCCAUCGCCGAUGCAUUUCGUGGCGUAUCGUACACAAUCGAAGCCACCCCUUGUCUGCAAUGACGCUUCUUUGACGUCCGUCAAAACAGCCCGAGCCCGAAACUUGUUUGGAUAGAAACCUGCUCUCGAAGAAUCCAAUUUCGAUUUGCUCUGUGACACAAGCUGGGUGCUUGGGUGGAGCGAAGCGUGGCAAACCAGAUCCCUGUCGACCGACCGGUGGAUCGGAAUGGACCGGAGCGAAAUCGUCGGCAGGCCCUAGAAAGAAACAGAGAGGGAGGAAGACCGAGCGCCAACCUUUUGUACGGCACGGCACGGCGCGGAACCAACGCAGCGCAGCGCAGACGCAGAGUCCCGCCGUGCGUUGCGAGCAACAUCCCAUGCCGCUCCUGUCGCUGGACUCGAGGGCGCGGGCGCGGGUGGUCACCACGGCCAUUUUGAUCUCCUGCCUCCGGAUCCUCGAGCGGCACGGCACCGUUGCCACCACGAGGAACCGGCAGGUCCCGGUGGCGCAGCAUUCCUCCCCGCGAUGGAUGCUCCGGAUGAACUCGGUGGACCACCACAAGCUGAGGUACUGAAACGAAACGAAACGAGACGAACGAGGCGAAUACGAGGCGAGACGAAUGCAAUGCAACGCAAGACCAAUCGCGGUGCGUGGCGGACUCGAAACAAUACGAGUCGAUGCGGUUUCAAGCAGUGGUGGAUGGAGAUGGUUUUUUCUUUUCGAGCGGGAACGAUACGGAAACACGGAGGCCGAGAAUCACUCCGCGCAUCGUUGUCGACGAAGGUCGAACAAACAAGUCGCUCGAUGUUCUUCAGGGACAACCCAUGGCAUUGCAGAAGGUUCUUGUUGCCGGCGACAAACCUCGCAGGCCCAGACGAAGUUCUCUCUGCAAAAACCGGCAUCGCGCGUUCCAUCCAAACAACCAUACCAUAGAAAGCCACACACCCAAAGCAGGUCUAAAUAAAUACUACAAUACAGU